AUGGAUGGUUGCCGAGAAGACGAAGACGGUAAAAUUGUCCUCUUGAUCGGCGCAACGAACCGUCCCGAGUGCUUGGACGAAGCUGCCCGCCGUCGUCUUACUCGACGUUUAUACAUUCCACUGCCUUGCCACGAUGCUAGGCGACAAAUUAUCAACGAUCUGCUGAAAGAUCAGACGCAUACGCUUACACCCCGCGAUUUUGACAAGCUGGUCGAGGGAACAGAAGGGUACUCUGGUGCUGAUUUGAACUCUCUCUGUCGUGAGGCCGCACUCAUGCCGAUGAAGGUAAUUCAAAAACUUGGAAUUCAAUUUCAGAACUGA